GAGAGAGAGAGGGGGGGGAGAGAAGGUUCUGUUGUUGUUGUUGUUGUUGUUGUUUGGAGAGAGGGGGUGAUGGAGUGGUAGUGAGAAUGAAGAAGAAAAACCUGGUUCACCCCUCACUCUUGUCACCUUGAGAUUUUAUAUCUCUUUUUUUCCACUUCUCUUUUUUCCGGGGUGAAAGUGGAUGGUGGAUGGAGGGAUGAGGAACUGGAUGAAGGGGAGUGAGGAAGAGAAGAGAGACUGAGGAGACAAUGGCGUACACACAGUUGGAACCCAUCAACAAGGGUGUGCUGGCCAGGCUAACUGACUGUCUGUUGUGUCGGUGGUCGUGUCGCUCAUGUCUGUUGUGGUGUUGGGAGUGCUGCUUUCCGCCCAGUGAUGAGGAGGUGGAGAUACUGGGACCCUUCCCUGCUCAGACCCCCUCCUGGCUAGUGAACGAGUGUGUGGAUGAGAAGGACACUUAUACAGGGGUCACUCAUGUUGACGCCAUGGCAAUACCGCAGGACAGUAUUCCGACCCGGAGACGGUCCAGCUCAGAGAUGUCCCGAUCCACCUUCAGCCUGGUCCAACAACUCUCCAGUCUAGACGCCCGCAGGCCCAGCUCUCCGCUGGUUGAUGUGAAACCCAUUGAGUUCUGGGCCAUGGGCCCCAGGAAGGAGGUAAUCCAGCCGCUGCGUCGACCUCAGCCCCCUGCGGAUGACUACUUCAGGAAGUUGGAGCCACGCCUCUACUCUCUGGACUCAUCCGGAGACGACGUGGACUCGCUAACGGACGAGGAGAUUCUGCUACGAUACCAACUGGGCAUGCUCCACUUCAGCACACAGUAUGACCUAAUCAACGGCCACCUGGGCGUUAGGGUCAUUGAGGCUCGCGACCUGCCCCCACCUCUGACAUGUGAUGGAGCCCGCCAGGACAUGGCCCACUCCAACCCAUACGUCAAGAUCAGCCUGCUGCCGGACCACAAGAACUCCCGGCAGACGGGGGUGAAGAGGAAGACACAGAACCCGGUGUUUGAGGAGCGGUUCACCUUUGACCUUCUGUUCUUGGAGGCCCAGCGCCGCACCCUGCUGCUGUCUGUGGUCGACUUCGACAAGUUCUCACGACACUGUGUCAUCGGCAAGGUGGCGCUGCCUCUGAGUGAGGUUGAUCUGGUGAAGGGCGGUCACUGGUGGAAGGCCCUGGUACCCAGUUCUCAGAAUGAGGUAGAGCUGGGAGAGCUGCUGUUAUCACUCAACUACCUGCCCUCCGCUGGAAGACUCAACGUUGACAUCAUCAGAGCCAAGCAGCUGCUGCAGACAGACAUGUGCCAGGGAUCAGACCCGUUUGUGAAGGUUCAGCUGGUAACAGGGCUGAAGCUGGUAAAGACCAAGAAGACAUCCUGUAUGAAAGGAACCAUCGACCCCUUCUACAACGAGUCGUUCAGCUUCAGAGUCCCCCACGAAGACCUCAGCGAAGUCAGCCUGGUAUUUACAGUGUACGGUCACAACAUGAAGAGCAGUAAUGAUUUUGUGGGGAGGAUUGUGAUUGGCCAGUUCUCCACGGGUCCCCCUGAGACCUCCCACUGGCGCCACCUGUUGGCCAGUCAGAGAACUCCGGUGGAGCAGUGGCACAGCCUGCGGUCACGAGCAGAGUGUGACCGCGUCUCCCCCGCCUCGCUGGAGGUCACAUGAUAGAGCUGGAGAGGGAUCAAGAGUUAGGGGUCAGAGGUCAGGAGGAGAGGAGGAGAGGUAUAAGCUCAAAGUGUUGAUGUACACAGUAGGAAAGAAGAAGAUGAAAGGGGGUCAGGAGUUAGAGGUUAGAGUUCGGGGAUUUGAUGUCAGGGAGGUGGGAGGUGAGAAAAGGGGGUUAGAGGAUGCGAGAGAGAGAGAGAAAGAGAAAGAGAGAGAGAGAGAGAGAGAAAGAAGAGAGGGACACAGAGAGAGAAGAGAGAGGGAGAGAAGGAAGGGGAGACAGAGGUUAGGGUCAAGGCCACCAGCAGGGCUGGAUUAAGAAAUCAUAGGCCGGGGCUUAGACAUUGCUCAACAUUUUAAUAGCAAAGACGUCAUUUAACUGUAAAAAUAUAUAUUUGUCUCUGCCCCGGGCCGCAGGACUAUGGUUGGCGGUUCCAGUAAAAAAUUUAAUAUAUAUAUAUAUACAUUUCCAUUUUUCUCGGCCUCAAGGGCCCCGGGGAUUCAGCCCCUGCAUUAAUCAGGCCCUGCCAACAAGAUGAACCAUCCUCAGCUCUCCAAAAUUGCUGCCUCUCUUCCACCUCACCUUCCUGACUGACCUCCGAGCCUCCGAGCAGUGUGACCAGAGACAGAGACUGUGUCCCAAAUGGCACCCUAUUCCCUAUAUAGUGCACUACUUUAGACUAUGGGCCCCACCUCCCUAUGGGCCCCACCUCCCUAUGGGCCCUGGUCAAAUGUAAUGCUCUACAUAGGGAAUAGACAGACAAUCCCUGGCUAGUUGCCCUCUGGGCUUCACCUUUUUCCCAUUGAUAUGAUCAGACAGGAGAGGAGAUCCAUCCCCUUAUCAUCGCCAUCAUUCCUGACCUUCUGCUGCUAUAGGUGCCCUUAUAGACUGACUGGGUUACAAGGUGCCCUUAUAAACUGACUGGGUUACAAGGUGCCCUUAUAAACUGACUGGGUUACCAGGUGCCCUUAUAAACUGACUGGGUUACAAGGUGCCCUACUACACUGACUGGGUUACCAGGUGCCCUACUACGCUGGCUGGGUUACCAGGUGCCCCCUUCACUGACUGACUGACUGACCUACUGGAAUACUGGGUUACCAGGUACCCACUACUUGGCAUGGUCAAUCAUGGGCCUGUAUAAAAACAGUUUCCCAAGCCCUAACCCAGCUGUUUAAUGUUACAAGGUGCCCUAACCCAGCUGUUUUAGGUUACCAGGUGCCCUAACCCAGCUGUUUUAGGUUACCAGGUGCCCUAACCCAGCUGUUUUAGGGUACCAGGUGCCCUAAACCAGCUGUUUUACGUUACCAGGUGCCCUAACCCAGCUGUUUUAGGUUACCAGGUGCCCUAACCCGGCUGUUUUAUGUUACCAGGUGCUCUAACCCAGCUGUUUAAUGUUACCAGGUGUCCUAACCCAGCUGUUUUAGGUUACCAGGUGUCCUAACCCAGCUGUAUUGGAUUACCAGGUGCCCUAACCCAGCUGUUUUGGGUUACCAGGUGUUCUAACCCAGCUGUAUUGGAUUACCAGGUGCCCUAACCCAGCUGUAUUGGAUUACCAGGUGCCCUAACCUAGCUGUAUUGGGUUACCAGGUGCCCUAACCCAGCUGUAUUGGGUUACCAGGUGCCCUCACCCAGCUGUAUUGGAUUACCAGGUGCCCAACCCAGCUGUAUUGGGUUACCUGGUGUUCUAACCCAGCUGUAUUGGGUUACCAGGUGUUCUAACCCUGCUGUAUUGGGUUACCUGGUGUUCUAACCCAGCUGUAUUGGGUUACCUGGUGUUCUAACCCAGCUGUAUUGGGUUACCAGGUGCCUGUGGUGCUAGCAUGGUCGUAGUGCCUCAGUGAUGACAGACUGGUGCUAACACAGGUACAGUGGACUGAGUCACUAAAUUGAGACCAUGCCUCUACUCUUUACAGUGUUCAACUGACAACACAUUGGCGUGCAUCCCAAAUGACACCCUAUUCCGUACACAGUACACUACUGGGCCCUGGUCAAAAGUAGUGCACUAUUUAGGUAACAGGGUGCUAUUUUGAUUUGGGAUGCAGCCAUGAACUGAUAAAAUAGCUGAUGUUCUCUGAAGUGGUUGACUAACUAAAGGUUGCUGAUAAUCAGUGGUUUGAAAUAGUUGGAGCUGGAUCCAAACUUUACCGUCUGUGGAAAUCAUAGAGUUGGAUAGAGGGCUCAUCUUCACAUCUGUUACAUAUUGGCUACUGUGACAGCAUGGGCAGCGCCAUUGAGGGCUUUCUCCAUUUUAGAGUAGUUUCUACUACUACUAUUUCUAUGAGUCAGUGAACAAACUGAAAGGGUGCAUACUGCCCCCUGGAGGGUGUUGUCUGAACAGGUAUAAAGACAAGGUUGGUGAUUUACUGGCACCUGCAGUUAUGUAAUGUUUGCUUAGGAGUAUAAUAAAUUGGCUGAUCAGUCCUACUGACCUGGAUGGAAUUCUGUAAUCCUUUCCUAACCCAUAGCAAGUCCCAGCCAGUUGACUACUUCAAAAUGGUGGAAGUCCUGGGCUCUGCCCAUGCUACAACAGGCUUUGUGGAGCUAGAGCUGUCUAUCCAGGUCUAUGGUGGAAAUACCGCCACUGUUUCUGCUGUGGUUGUCCCAAAUGGCACCCUAUUCCAAAAUAUUGUGCAGUGCUUUGAUCAGAGACCAUAGGUUUACCUCCAUAGGUCAAUAGUUAGUGCACCAUAUAGGGAACAGGGUUCCAUUUGGGACACAUUAUGAUUCUGUACAAUACUGUAUCAAGCCUAGUUUAGCCAACUUUACAGUGAAGAUUGUAUUACAAGUGAUGAAAAAAGUAUAAAUACUAAAUAUACUGUGCUAGUGAGUUAUUUAUUUAUUUUU